AUGCAGGGCAGAACAAUUCAACAGAUCCUCAUUACUGUAGGAUUGACCCUAUGCAAUAUCACUGAUGGAUUCAUAUUUGGCCAAAUGUCCGGAAUGCUCGACGCUCUCACGAGGGAUGACGCCUCGGUGAAACUGACCGUUGGCGAAAUCUCCUUAAUUGCGGCGAUAAUUAACGUCACGUGCAUCUGUGGCUUCGCCGUCGUCGGCGUGGCCACCGAGAUUUUCGGACGGCGCCGCGCGAUCUCAAUCAUCACAUCACCUGUAAUUCUUUGCUGGAUUGUAGUUUACUUCGUAGAAGACAAAACCACGUUAUUGUUGACUAGAGUGCUCGUCGGCGUCUCUUACGGGGGUAUCCUUAUAAUAAGCAAAGUCUCUAUAGGAGAGUACAUAACACCCAAGAAACGAUCGCUGUAUGUAAACGUCAUCGCUAGCGGGGGACAAUUAAUGGGCACGACUCUAGGACACCUCCUGAGUCUCGCGAUGAACUGGAGAAAUGUAGCUCUCAUAGGAUUGGUUCCCACUGCGUUGUCCUGUAUUUUACCCUUUUUCUGGGUCGAGAGUCCCUCGUGGCUGGCUUCUAAAGGACGCUAUGAGGAAUGUGAGAGAGCCUUCAGGGCGUUACACGUUCUGGAUGAAGAUAGCGAGAAAGAAUUACGACUCUUAAUCGCUUUAGAGAAACGUAAAGAAAGCGUGGUUAACGUCGAUAGAUCAUAUAUGGCACCGAUAAAAAAAAUUAUAAAAGCUAGUAGACAGAAAUAUUUUUGGAAAGUAAUUUUAUUAAGUAUUAUUAUAAACGUGUAUCGUAUUGCCGCGGGCCGCGUGUUGUUUAGUACUUUAGCUCUAAGCAUUUUCCGAGAUUUUACAGGCUACUCGAACUUGUGGGGAAUCACAUUACUCGUGGACGGCUUAGGUAUUUUUGGGGCUUUGAAUUCGUGUAUUUUAGUUAGCGUUUUUAAUAAAUUGCGCACUUUGAUAUUUGUCUUUGGUUCAUUGGGAAAUUUUAUUCUUAUGUUUCUUAGCGGCGUUUGCUACUUCACGGAAAAUAAGAGCGAAGACAACACUAUUGUUUGGGUCAAAGCGAGUUUAUUAGCAUUAUAUUUCUUAUUUGUUAACUCGGGUGCGUAUCCCGUAUUGGAAACUUUACUCUCCGAAAUAUAUCCACUCGAAGCCAAGACAUUUUGCAUAUUUAUUGUCGGAGCUAUCGCGGGCGUGUUACAAUUCUUAACAAUAAAAUCGGCUCCGGAAAUGUUUAAAAAUAUCGGCUACGACGGUACAUUCUUCUUAUUUUCUGUUAUAAUAUUCAUGUGUAUCGCUUAUUUGUGGAAAUUUAUGCCCGAAACAAAGGGGGAGACACUGCAAGACAUUGAAAUGUUUUUUAAAGCAGAUUAUCUACCCAGUGAGGAGCAUAAGGAAGACACUGUCUGCGAUUCUAUGAUCAAUAAAGAGUUUAUGCCUAGCGUUGAUUUUAAACAGGAAGAUAAAUAA